AUGAACAGGACAUUCGUUUCUGUGAUUUUAGGGCUUGUUGUAAGUGAGGUUGUUAUUUACAUUUGGGGAAUUUGUUGGCUACAAAAACAGGGUUUUAGAAAAAAUCAUCCUUUUAUGGGCCAAAUUGGGGAGUAUUUCAUAGAAAAAGUUUUCAAAAAAUUGAUGGGAUUUUUAUCGAAAGUUGUUCACUUUUCCAACAUUUUUAACGACUCAAAUACUGUCCUCAUUUCCGCUGAUAGAGUUUGAGCUUUACAGCCUUGGAUAAAUUGACCAUUUGUCAAAGCAGUAUUGUAAAAGAAAUAUCUUUCAGCUUCUCUCCGCGGUCAAUGGAGACGCCAGCCAAGAUGACUGUCAGCCAAAUGAAGUCUUCGUUCCUUGCGGAUUUUGCGAAGGGACUUGUAAGAUGCCGAUCGUUGUGAGUUUCGUCCUCCAAUUGCCCACAAUACCAUCUGAUGUUUAGAUGAACUGCUCCGCCGUUUGUCGUCCUCCCCGUUGCGAGUGCCGAGCCAAACAUGGCUUUGUCCGUGCCCAUGACGGAGCUUGUAUUCGCCUCUCUGAAUGCGAAACUUACGUUUCUCCGUUCAAGAUGGAUCCCCGCCAACUUCUCACCAAACCGAAUGUCAUCCUCAAGGGCAAAGUGCCCGACCAUCAGCCCUCUUAUAUCUCGCUUCCGGGCGUUAUGAUGCCAAGUCAAAGACCGGAGGAGAAGAAGAAAUCAAAGGAUACAAAGGCCAAAUCCGAUAAGGCUAACUCUGAUGACACAACGGAAGAAAAGAUUGUAAAAGAAGCCAUGAAGGCCGUGGUGGAUUCAGAUGAAGCUCCGACUCCAGAGAGAAUAAGACAUAACCAUGAUAAGGCCAAAAUGAAUCAACCAAUGAAACCGAGACAGAGCGAGGAUUCAGAGUCCAUUGAAAUUACAAAAGAGGAGCUGGAGAAGGCCCGAGUGACCGACAAAUUCAAUAAAAAGAUUAAAGGAGUAACCCCGUUCCCCUUUCACAGCCAUAGCGAGGACGACUCGGCCUCUUUGGCUGAUAAUUCAAAGGAUUCUACAAGUCUCUCAACCACAACAGCAUCAAAAAAUGAAAAUCUCGAAAACCGAUCGAAUUUGGAGCCAAAAAAGUCAAAAAAUGAAAAUUUGUCGUCCAGAACACAAGUCAAACAAGGGUUUGCCAGUAAAGCUCAAUUUCCAUUAGAUGACAGUCACGGACAGGACGAGCAAAUUAACAGUAGCCAACAAAGUCAAGAGAACAAGAGCAAUCUUCCAGAGGUUUCGAGAGGAAAAGACUUUGGGACGUUCGACGAAGGGCCUAAAAGUAAAUUGCAACAGCCAACGACUAGUACUACUACGAUGAGGACCAGCAAACCAGGCCGGCCAUUAGGUCAGGACUCGAUGGAUAGAAGCGAAAUGUCAAUGGAGAAUUCAAGAGCAGCAAGCGGGGAGAAUAAAGGAGGAAGAACAACGACCACUACACAUAGUUCAAGGUUCAACACUGCGGAGAGUGUGGAUGCGACUUAUGAAACAGCGGAUAUGCCGUUGCCACCGUCACCGACUUACAAAGCGAGGCCAAUAUCAGCGAGGCCUCCGGCAGGUGGGUGAUGAUAUAUGUGCCUUAUAGUACUCGAAAAAGUCAUCAUUGAUUUAAACGGAGGGCAUACUGACUUGUUUAUGAUUUCCUGGUGAUAAGAAUACCUAAUAGUCGUAAGAUCAUCAGUCGCUGACAAGUUAAUCUCAGAAAUUGGUGAAAUAUGACUUCCCCGGUAGUUUCUGAUGGAAACUUUGAGAGCCUGUUAGAAUAACUAAAAACUUUAUAGGGUUUCUGUAUCCCUUGCAUCAUCAUUUUUAGCUGACAUUCAUCCCCCAUCCCCCAAACCCAAGAAGAAGUCUAGGUCCCAUAAAAAGCACCAUGAGCAUAGAAAUCAACAUGCCUUGGCCCAGCCUUACCCAGAGAGCGACUACAUUCUCUACCCUCCAAAUGGCUACAGGAUUUAUCGACGGCGGAGAUUCCUCAGACUGAAAGCCCCACCCAAACACUAA